UUACGGACAUUACAACGAUCUACACUGCCACUUCGUUAUUACAUAGUUGGUUACUACGUGUAGAGUUAUUUAACGAAAGAAUUCAUGUGUUCCGACAAGGUGGUGUGAAUUAAAUAAUUAUUAUACAUACACUAUGCCACGUCAAAGUCGUUGUAAGAAAAGUCCCUUAGUUGGGGAGGACACAAGAAUUGCUGUCAAUUUAACACUGAAAAAGUUAUUGGAAUCUACAGAUCAGAAAGAAUUGGAAUUUCCUUCUUCAUAUACAGCUGAUGACAGAGCGUAUAUUCAUGAGAUUGCAGGUGUACUUGGAUUAAAAUCUAAAAGUAGGGGGAAAGGUAGAAAUCGUUAUUUAACAGUAUAUAAAAGGGAGGGUUCGACUAUAGUUCAAGCUGAUGCUGUACUGAAGUUGCAAAAAGCAUCCAGACAAAGUAUUUAUACUCUACUACAAAAUUUUCCAUUAAAUCAUAAAGAAUGUCAUGAUUUACUACCGCCUAUUGAACGCGAACGACCGCUUAAUACAGAUGUUUCUGUACAUACAAACACAAAAGCUAUGGGGAGAUUAAACAACAGUGUACCACAAGUACCACAACUGAAAACAAAUUUCGAUGUAUUGUAUUUUCGUAAAUCUCUUCCAGUUUUUAACGUUAGAGAAGAUAUUCUGAAUGCUUUGAACACGAAUGAAGUAGUAAUAAUAGGAGGUGAAACUGGUUGUGGUAAAACAACACAAGUUCCGCAAUUUAUACUUGAACAUUGCCAACAGAGGCAUCAACCCUGUAGAAUUAUUUGCACUCAACCAAGACGAUUGUCGGCCGUUUCGGUCGCUGAAAGAGUUGCAUUUGAAAGGGACGAAAAGAUUGGCCAAACGUUUGGAUAUCAAAUAAGACUCGAAAGUAGAGUGGCUCCAAAAACACUUUUAACGUAUUGCACAAAUGGUGUAUUGCUUAGAACUCUUAUGGCAGGUGAUUCUGCUUUAAAUACCGUCACGCAUAUUAUUGUAGACGAAGUUCAUGAACGUGACAAAUUUUGUGAUUUCCUUCUGAUAGCGCUCAAAGAUGCAUUAUUAAAACACAGAUCCUUAAAACUCAUACUUAUGAGUGCUACAUUGGACGUUGACAUUUUUGUAAAAUAUUUUAAUAAAUGUGCAGUGAUUAAUGUUGUGGGUAGAUCAUUUGAUGUGGACACAUAUUUCCUCGAAGAUGUUUUAAAAUUAACUGGUUAUAUGACGAAAGAAAUGGUUGCUAAAAAAAAGGAGCUUAUGAAGAAAAAAGAUCAACAUAAACUUUUAGAGUCUUGGACUCAAUAUAAACCGGAACAGACAGUUCCAGAUACGGUUAAAAAAUGGUUAAAAAAUGACCGAUCGUUACCUGCACCUAUUUUAGCUCAACAAAGUGAACCUAUUCCAGAGAAAGUAAAAUUAGAACCUUGGUUAGUAGAAGAAAUAGAUAAAAGUAUUUCUGAUGCGUGGUUACGUGGCGAUGAAGAUCAUUUUGCGCAACUUUUAUAUUUUAUACUUUCCGAAAAUGUUUCUGUCGACUAUCAACAUUCCGCAACGUCUGUAACUCCACUCAUGGUGGCUGCGGGUAGAGGAUGUAUAAAUACGACGGAACAACUUCUAAACCUGGGUGCUAAUUUAAAUUUACGAGCUGCCAAUGAAUGGACUGCGUUAGAUUGGGCGAAAAAUAUGAAUCAAACUGAAUGCGCUGAAUUAAUCGAAGCUUAUAUGAAAACUUAUGAUUGUACACCACAAGACGACGCGAUUGCACAAUCUAAAGAUGUUUCAUUGUCGGACGAAGAUAAGCUUUUGUUAGACACAUACCAUCAUACAUUUAAUGACGACAAUAUCAAUUACGAUCUUCUCUUACAAUUGAUUUUAUAUAUUCAUCUGAAAAUGCCUCCUGGUUCACUUUUAGUAUUCUUGCCCGGGUAUGAUGACAUUGUUACUAUGAGAGAGAAAAUAAAUAAUGAAGAAAAAGAAAUGAAUCAGGGUUUACGGUAUACUUUAUACGUGCUUCAUUCCAACAUGCAAACGUGUGACCAGAAGAAAGUGUUUAAACCAAGUCCUCAGGGAACACGAAAAAUUAUCCUUUCCACAAACCUAGCUGAAACCAGUAUUACAAUCGAUGAUGUUGUCUACGUAAUUGACUCCGGAAAAGUUAAAGAAAACUCUUUCGAUGCUCUAUUAGGAGUAUGUAUGCUUAAAUGUAACUGGAUUUCUCAAGCUUGUGCUAAGCAACGUAAAGGUAGAGCAGGCAGAUGCAGAAAAGGCAUUUGUUACCGCUUAUUUUCAUCUAUUCGGUACAACAUUAUGCAGCCUUAUCAAACUUCAGAAAUUUUAAGACUACCUUUGCAAGAAUUAUGCUUAUAUACAAAACAUUUAGCACCGGGUAACACGCCCAUUGCUGAAUAUUUGGACAGAGCUUUGGAGCCACCCUCCAACGUUGUAACAAGAAAUGCAGUACAAUUACUGAAAACUAUUGAUGCCUUAGACCCAUGGGAAGAUCUGACCGAAUUGGGAAGUCAUUUACUCGACUUACCAAUUGAGCCACGACUUGGAAAAAUGUUACUAUAUGCUGUUGUUUUGAAGUGCCUAGAUCCAGUCUUAACUAUUGUAUGCAGUUUAUCUUAUAGGGAUCCCUUCAUUUUACCGUUACAACCAUCACAAAAAAGAGCUGCUACCGCAGCUCGCAAAAGAUUCGCCACCAAUACAUACUCCGAUCAUAUGGCUGUGUUACGCGCAUUUCAAGGCUGGCAGAAUGCACGCGCAAGUGGCAAGGAACGCACAUUCUGUGAACAAAAUUUUAUUUCUGCUGCUGUAAUGGAGAUGGUAGUUGGAAUGCGUACGCAACUUCUUGGUCAACUUCGUGCGUCUGGGUUUGUUAGAGCAAGGGGUCCAGGAGAUAUUAGAGAUUUGAAUUCUAAUUCGGAGAAUUGGGCAGUGGUGAAGGCAGCUAUAACUGCCGGUUUAUAUCCAAAUUUAAUGAGAGUUGACAGGGAACACAUGCAGUUACGAACACAGAAGGAAGUGAAGGUAUGCUUUCAUCCAUCAUCGACUCUGAGAGAUUAUCCAAAGUCACCAAGAACGACAUCCGCACAGACACAUGCAGCUAACGUGGAAACUUUACCUUCUGAUUGGUUACUUUACGAAGAAAUCAGUCGAACGGGUCGUUUUUGUCACGUAAAAAUGGUUACUUUAGUUAAUUCAUUAACGGUAGCACUGUUUUGUGGACCAGCAAGGUUGUCGGUAGAUGUAAUUUAUGAAACAGAAUCUGUACCAGAAAGUGAGUCAGAUUCUGAAGUUGAUGAAAGUAACGAAGGAACAAUCUUCAAACUCGAUGAUUGGGUUGUAUUUAAACUUGAUACUGAAACUGCCCGGAUCUUCUUACAUUUAAGACAAAAAUGGAAUGCUUUAUUCUUAAGACGUAUGAAAACGCCAAAUAAAGCUAUGUCGCAAUUGGAUGAAAAGGUAGUCAGUACCUUAGUAAGCGUUCUUACAAACGAAGAACAAGCGUGUGGACUACAGCAACCGUCUGGUAUUGGUCAAAGACCACGUCCAUUAAUUGUUGACUAUUAUCCUGCCAAUGCUAGAAGAACGGACGACUUUGUAGAGAGAAAUAUUUAAAUUUGGAUAAAGAAAGAAUAUUUUAUUAUGUAUAAUCCAUAAGAAGUAUUUAAUUCCCUUGAUUCCUA